AUGUCGAAGCCAAUCCGCCUUGGAAUCCUAACUCCCUCCUCAAAUACGAGUCUCGAACCUCUCACAAGCGCGAUUAUAUCCUCGCUCCAAAACCCAAGUAUCACAGUCCACUUCUCGCGCUUCGCCGUAACAAAAAUCAGCCUUGAUGCCUCCGGACUCAGCCAAUUUGAGACCGAGAAGAUCUUAGCCGCAGCGCAACUCCUCGCCGACGCCGAGGUCAAUAUUAUCGGAUGGAGCGGCACAUCGUCGGGCUGGCUUGGGUUUGAGGCGGAUGAGAAACUCUGCGCUGCUAUCACGGAGGCGACGGGUAUUCCAGCGACGACAUCCGUCCUGGCGCUAAACAAGGCGUGCCAGAUCUUCGGGGCGAAGGAGGUGGGAUUCGUCACACCGUAUACCGAUGACGUUCAGGAAGCUAUUGUUAAGACGUAUAAAGGGAUCGGAUUUGAUGCAAGCAAGGAACAACAUUUAGGCAUGUCGAAGAAUACGGCCUUCGCUGAUAUCGGGGAAGACACGCUUGAUGAAAUGGUCUCUGAGGUUAUGAAAAAGAGAGUGGACGCCGUUACCACCUUUUGCACGAACCUAAGGGCUGCGCAACGCGUUGCGCAUUGGGAGAAGGAAUAUGGGGUACCAGUGUUCGAUACCGUCUCAACAGUGAUAUGGGAUAUGCUGCGGCACUGCAAAGUGGACAUGUCCGUCUUGAAAGAUUGGGGGUUGUUGUUCACCAAGCAAUAG